UAGCUGUUAACAGCGCUGUUAAUUCGGAAAGUAAACGAAAAAUUGUUUAGUUGUUCAAUUUCAAGAAAAAACUAAGAAAAUGAGCAGCAAGGCCAAAAAAACAGGGAAAGGUGACCAAAUACCCAAGCCCAUUAGCAUAAAGAAGGAAAAGAUGGAGGAGGAUCGAACGCUGCAUCCGAUUUCGCACUAUAUUGACGACCGUCUGGAGCUGGUGAAACAGAUUUUCGGCACACUCAAGCCCAAGACAAUAGUGAAUCUAGCGCCGGAGUUCCUAAAAAAAACCCCUCUGGACGAGAUCGAGGCGCUGUGCCUGGAGGAGCUGCUUUGCUUGUCCACCAAACGUCUAAAAUCCAUCAUAGAGGCCACCCGGUGUCCCACGGACACCGAGAGCUCCGAGGAUUCCGAUGUGGAGCAUCAAGAGGAACACAUUUCCCUGGAGGAGAUCUCGUCAGACAGCGACAUAGGUGGCCAGGAAUCCAAAAAAACCAAGAAGAAGUCAAAAGCCAAAAAGACGAACAACGGGAAUGAAAACAAAGAGUCGGGCCAGAUGAGUGUGCUGGAAUUGCUGGAGCUGCAGGCACGUGCCCGGGCCAUUCGCUCCCAGCUAGCCAUGGAGCCCAUUACCAAGAUCGAGGUCAAGUCGGAUGACGAUGACAACGACGAAGAUGAAAGGCCAGCAAAGCCGGUUCAACGAAGGACGAAAGAGAAGCGCAGCGCCAAGACAAUAGAUGCGGGAAAGGGCAGCUCCCUGAAUAAAAGCAAAACAGCUGAAAAGGAUCAAACUCAAGAUGCGGAAAGCAGUAGCAAGGAGCAGCCAACUCCGCGAAAGAAAAUCAAACUCAAGCGAAACUAUCGGCAAACCAGCAAGUCGCCAGAGAAGGAGAAUACUGUGAAAGUUUCUGCUCCAGCUCCGGCUCCUUCGGUUGCUCCAAUUGCAAAUAGGCCACGCUCCAAGUCUCGUUCUGCCUCACCUGAUGUGAUAACCAUACAAACAGAGCCGGAAACGCUGCUAAUUAGCGACAGCACCGACGAUGAAGCCACAAACUAUAAGUCCAAGGCAGCACCUGAACCCGAUCCCAAGCCCGUUUUGGAGCCCCCAGCUCCACUUGUAGAGAGUGAGCCAGAGGAGGGCGAAGUACGAGAUGAGCCCGAGGAACCAGUCAAGACUGUGGAACCAGCCAAAAUAGAAGAGCCAGCAAAGGCAGAAGACCCAGCUAGGACGGAAGAGACCACAAAGGGAGAAGACCCAUCCAAGACAGAAGAACCACAAAAGAUUGAAGAGUUGAAAGAAUCAGAAGAGCCACAGAAAUCUGAAAAUCAAAACAAGCCUGCAGAGAAGGAACCGGUCGAGGAGCGUGUUUCCUCUAAAGAACCAAAUCCACCAGAAGAAGUGAAGGAAUCUAUCCCUGUUCCUGAGCUAGCUCACUUAGAUGAUGAAGAUCAAAAUGACGAUGUCAUUUCCAUUGGCGGCGACCUGGAAAUGAUGGAAGAAAUGACUAAGGAAGACGAGCCAAAAGCAAGCGUCAAAAGCGAGAAAAAAGAGAAGGCCUCCGAGGACCACGAGGAAUUGGACAACGAUGUAAUCUCUUUGGACACCAGCGAGGACGAGCCUGAUAAACUGCAGCAGACCGACUCUGAGUCCUGGCGCACGCGAUACCUAAAGAGCUCCAAGGUUAGCCAGGUUUUGGCUGCCUCACGGUUGGGAAAGCGCGUGCGCGACAAAAUCAAGAAAUCAAAGCGCAGCAAAAAUGCCACGGGCGACGAGCAGUCCCAGGGUGAAAAGCAGCCCGCACCAUUCACCUCCAAGCAUGAGGAUGGAUCUAUGGAGCAAUACAAAGAGCUGCUGCAGCACCGUCAGCGCAAGACUUCAAACAGCAGCAAGGGAGGCGAUAAGUAAAUCCACACGCCGAGGACGAUUUGUAUUUUAUUUUAUUGAAAAGUCGCGUACUCUGACGCAGACUUUUGGUUUAUAUGGUAUAUAAAAACAAAAAUAAAAGUCCGCUGUCCUCGGUGGGUGGCUUAGAAAACGUA